CAGCCCCGCGCACCGCUCCUGAGGGGGAGCGCGUCCUGCUCCCGCUGCCCGGGCCUCAUCCCGCCCUCCCACACUCCUGCCCCGGGGGCCGGGCCGGCCCCUGCCGGCCGCCGCUGCUCCCUCGCACCGCCCCGCCGCGACCGUCCCCCUGCUCGACAGAAAGGUUAAGAAUAUGAGCCUCUACAAUUUGGACCGGUUCCGCUUCGAGAGGAAGGGGAAGGGCGCGGAGCAGGAGUCGCCGUCCCCGCCGGCGGCCUGGGCAGAGGCACCUGACGGUGCUGCCGCGGUCGGUGCCGCUGGAGGGGAUGAGGAGGAAGGUGCGGGUGACAGAAAGAGGCCAGACACUCCGGAUUCGGACGUGACAGAGAGAACUGAGUAUUCCACCAUCCCAGAAACUCCUGAAUCUCAGAGAACAAUGAAAGAAUCUUACUUCAAGCGCCAGCGAGGGGUGCAGUUCCUUGAUGUGUCUGACAGCGAGGAGGAGCCAAGAAACUUCGGUGCUGCCAAAGAAACCCAGGCUUCGAGGGGAGAGAUGGCCGUAAUCUCUGAACCAUCUGAUAAUGAUGAACAGCCUGAAGAGGAAAUGCCCCAGCUGGCACUUGUAAAUGGUGGGGAGCAGCGGCCAGCUGUGAAGGAGGAUGUAGAGGAAGAUACCAGAGACUCAAAGCUGCAAAGUAUGAAGGAACGUUUUCCCCAAAGAAGUGACCAAGAAUUAUUAAAACUGAUAGAAUCAGCAUGUACAAUGGAUGAAGCAGUAGCUGCUGGUUUGAAGCUCAAUAACAAAGCUGCCUCUGGUAAAAGGAAACUAAGUGAAUCUCCCACAAAUUGCAAAACCAAAAAUGAGCGAGUUGCAAAAAAGUCAAAAGCUAGUUAUCUGGAUGACUCAGAACCCAAAAGACAAUGGGAGAGGCAAGAGAUGCUUGUGAAGAAGUUGCAAGGUACAUUCCCUGGAUUGGAUAAGGAGGAGCUGAGAGAAGUACUUGAGGAACAUAACUGGGUGUUUCAUGAUGCACUGGAAGCCUUGAAAAUAUUUGCAGACGAUGAGGAAGGUGUGGAAUUUCCUCCCAAAAGGAAAGUUGCUGACUUGACCGAAGCUUCCACUGAGAGCCAUAGUGAGGAGAGUAAAGAUAAGACAAAGCAGAAAGCUUCUGAGAAAGAGCAGAAUGGCUUUCAGAAAAGGGACAAAGGCAAAAGGAGCAUUUGGAGGGCUGAAAGAGAAACAGAACACACGGAGGACGAGUCUGCUUCCGAAGACGGCGGAAGCUCCCUGGAUGAGGACUACAGCAGCGCUGAUGAAGUCAUGGAGGAUGGCUACAAAGCGAAAAUCCUCAGCUUCCUGCAGGAUGCUUCCCUGAGUGAACUGACUCUGAUUCCCCAGUGUUCUCAGAAAAAGGCUCAGAAGAUAAUAGCGCUCCGGCCCUUUAACAGCUGGGACGCUCUGUUUGCAAAAAUGACAAAGACUUCUGGUUUGUCAGAAGAUAUAGUGUGGAACUGCAAGAUACUGCUGAAGGAGAGGGAUGUGGUUCUAAAGCUUAUGAAUAAAUGUGAAGACAUUUCCAAUAAACUGACAAAGCAGGUAACCAGGAUUACUAGAGACGGAGAAUACGGAUGGAACAUAGAGCAACCCUCCAUUCUGAAUCGCAGUUUGAAACUGAAGCCAUAUCAGAAGAUUGGUUUGAACUGGUUAGCACUGCUGUAUAAACAUGGAUUGAAUGGCAUCUUGGCUGAUGAAAUGGGCUUAGGAAAAACAAUUCAAGCUAUUGCAUUUCUGGCUUAUCUCUACCAAGAGGGCAAUAGAGGUCCCCAUUUGAUAGUUGUGCCAGCUUCAACAUUAGAUAACUGGAUAAGAGAAGUUCAUCUGUGGUGUCCUGAACUGAACGUCCUCUUUUACUAUGGAUCCCAGGAAGAUAGGAAACAUCUCAGGGUGGACAUUCAUAAUAAAGUCGUUGAUUUCAAUGUGAUUGUGACUACAUACAACUCUGCAAUCAGCAGCUCAGAUGAUCGAGGACUGUUCCGCAGGCUGAAGCUUAACUAUGCAAUUUUUGAUGAAGGUCAUAUGCUCAAGAACAUGAGCUCUGUCCGCUACCAGCACCUCAUGACAAUUAAUGCCAAGAAUCGCUUGCUGCUAACAGGGACUCCAGUUCAAAAUAAUCUGUUGGAAUUGAUGUCCCUCUUGAAUUUUGUCAUGCCCCAUAUGUUCAGCAGUAGCACAAGUGAAAUUCGAAGGAUGUUCUCUUCAAAAACAAAGAGUGCUGAAGAACAAAGUAUAUAUGAGAAGGAGAGAAUUGCACAUGCAAAACAGAUAAUAAAACCAUUCAUCUUGAGAAGAGUAAAAGAUGAGGUUCUUAAACAACUACCUCCCAAAAAAGAUCUCAUUGAACUGUGUGCCAUGUCAGAGAAACAGGAACAACUCUACUUGGCUCUCUUAAACAAACUCAAGAAAACUAUUAACAGUAAUGAGAAAAACUCCGAUAUGGGAAAUGCAAUGAUGCAACUCAGAAAAAUGGCCAAUCACCCUCUUUUGCAUCGUCAAUAUUACACAAAUGAAAAGCUCAGGACGAUGUCUACCCUCAUGCUCAAGGAACCCACACAUCGUGAUGCUAACCCUGACCUUAUCUUUGAAGAUAUGACAGUAAUGACAGAUUUUGAGCUGCAUGUGCUUUGUAGGCAAUAUUCUCACAUCAAUGACUUCAUGUUGGACAUGGAUCAGAUCCUGGAUUCUGGAAAGUUUAGAGCACUGGAACACAUUCUCUCCGACCUUAAAGAGAAGGGUGACAGAGUUGUGUUGUUUAGCCAGUUCACUAUGAUGCUGGACAUCUUGGAAGUUUUCCUAAAACACUGGCAACAUAGAUACAUUAGGCUGGAUGGAAAAACACAGAUUUCUGAGCGGAUACAUCUGAUAGAUGAGUUCAAUACUGAUAUGGGUAUAUUUGUAUUCCUUCUGUCCACCAAAGCUGGUGGCUUGGGCAUUAAUCUGACCUCGGCCAAUGUUGUUAUCCUUCAUGACAUUGACUGCAACCCUUACAACGAUAAGCAGGCAGAAGACCGGUGCCACAGAGUAGGUCAGACACGAGAAGUACAAGUUAUAAAACUUAUCAGUAAGGGGACUAUUGAAGAAACCAUGCUCAAAAUCAGCCAACAGAAACUGAAGUUAGAACAAGAUAUGACUGCAGCAGAAUCAGGAGAAGAAGGAGCCAUUCCAGCAGAUAUAGCCACGCUAUUAAAGGCUUCAUUGGGUCUCUAAAAUGUAAAUAUGUUGUGAAAUUCACGGAAGAAAGGUGAUGAUGUACCCCAAGGACUCUUACAUUACUGUUGACCAGGAGUUUUAUGAAUGUUUAUAACUUUUUGUAGUUUCUUUAUUGUAUUGCUCAUGGUAUUAAAAAUUUUUAACACCAGUAUCAUUUUUUGAUGCUUUAAAAGCAUAAAUGGCCCAAAUGUGCCAACCUCAGAUGCUGAAUAAAGGUUUUACAGAUUACUUUUGAAAAUGGGGACCUAAGUAGUAAUUGUUUUAACAAAUCUGCUACUGCUUAAGAUUUGUCAGUAUUUUUGUAAUUAUUUCUACCUCCAAAUAUAUAUAUAUAUAUAUACUGUCUGUUUCACUGGAUUCCGCGUGUAGAUUUUUUUAUAUGUGCCUUAUUUGACAAUGCUCGAGUCUGUUUCUGGUUGUUUUGGUUCAUUUGAUGUUCCAUACUGGUUUUGUAUCAACUUGUUCCAAUAAAAUUCCAUAGACUGACAAAAUGUUUUCGUGCUUGCGGUGAUUUGGGGCAGGUGAGAGGAUGAUAAUGUGCAUGUUACAAAUCAAUUAGGCAGCUCUCAAACCAGCUGGAAUGUUCCAAUCGAACUGACUUGGCUUUGUCCAGCAGCAAUUAAUUACCAGUGUGUCACUAUACUCUAAUUACAAUGGUGUGAGGAUAUUGAUUGUAAAAGCAGAACUCCUGACAAAUGAUUUGGUCAAGUCUGUUGGUAUUCCAGUCAACUGUACAUGAUUUCUGCAAAUUCAAAAUGGGUGGCAAGUUAAAGCUUUUCCAAAACUUGUUUUCCAGGUGUGGACUAAACUGCUUAGCUUUUUCUAGAAAUGUUCUGUGGCUGUGCUGCUAUUCUAAAGUGCACAACUGAAAUAAGGUGAAGAUGCACUGUAUUGUUUGAGAAGGGAUAGGAUAAGAAUCAGUUUUCUAUGCUGCUUUAAUUUCAUUGGUUCUGCUGGACUAAAUAGAUGGAUUGAACAGACAGCUACAGCUAAUUAGAUUGUGUGUUUCUGCUGAGCAUGAUGCUAGCCCAACUCUGAUCCCAUUGUACCUGCAUGUUCUCACCUGCUUGGUUCAAGUGUGGAUUGAAACAAGAUCCCUGCCCUUCAGGGUGGGUUGUGUGGUGUUCUGGAUGUGUAUGGGAUCAGUUAAUGUAGUCUGGAGGAGCAGUGGUUACUCCUGGGGUCAGUAUCUGUCUUUAGGUGCUGUGAAGCUCACUGUUUCUACUCUUUUCAGCUGGGGGUCUCAAGAGAAUGCAGGGCUGCCAUCCUUGGAGGUAACCAGAAGCUACCUGGAUGCAGUCCUGGGCUGCUGGCUCUAGGUGGCCCUGUGUGAGCAGGGGCUUCGACCAAAUGACCUCCAGAGGUGCCUUCAACUAUUCUGUGGUUCUGUUUUUCUUAUUAGGAAAGAAGUACAAGGGGAAAAAAAAAAAGCCACACUCUCUCUGAAGUUAGUUGCUGAAGAGUUUUGGGAUCUAAAGAAGGGAAAAUUGAAGAGCCACAGAAAAGCAUGCAAGGAGUUGCAAAGCAGGUGAAGAUGGGAAUUAGUAAAGCUUGUUUCUUUCUGUUCUGACAGUAUUUGACUUGGUUCUCUUAGGGGUUGUUUGGUGUCAUUCAUGAUUCAGUGAAAUAAUACUUGAGGUGGGAGGGGAAAGUAAAUGUGAAGGGAAAUGCUGUCCCAACAGUGGCGAUUUCCAGUACAGUGUUGCCCAAGUUUGUUGUGGUUUAUCUGCUUACACCACACAAUGGAGACCUCUCACAAGCACUUGUCUCCCCUUGAGUUUGUGUAAACCACUUUCAUCCACAGCUGUCCACACUGCCAGGAUUUCCACCUGCCUUUUCUCCAGUAUUGGAAAAGCAGACCCUUCAUUUUUUCUAAACCUGGUUGCCACCACCAACCCCCAGCUUGUGUCUCCUUCUUACUGGCAUAGAUACUGAGCUGUUGAAUGUUUUUGCAGCUGGUGCAUUUAUGGAGAACUGGUGGAGGUGUAGGCACCAGUUCAGCUGGGCAACUGCUUUUUGGCUUGUUUAGGAAGUUUUUGUUUUCUUCAGGAGCACAGCAUAAACCUCAAGCUUCUCAGGCACUUUUUUCAGGCCCUUGAAUUUUAUUGACUAAGUGGGUCUUUUUUUUUGUUUUGUUUUUGCUUUUUUUUUUUUUGCUUAGUGUCCCAAACAUUUGCUCUCUCCAUUUAACUUGCAUUCCUCUG